AUGGCGGUCGAGGGCAAGGCCCAAGCAGAGGAUUUGGUGAUGGUGGUCGCGGCGGUGGUCGUGGCGGUGGCCGCGGCUCUACCGUUGAUCUUCCUAUGCGUCAAGGCAGUCGAGAUUUUAGAGGCCGUGGUCGAGGACAAGACUCGGGCUAUAGAGGACGGGGCGGACCUCGUAGAGGCGGCUACGACCAAGGACCCAGGAUUUAUUCGCAGUUUGGAACCCCCCAGCACUACGGUUGAAAGGACCGAGAAUGCCAUCGCAACGGUUCUGUCGACAAAACAACCCAAGCCGGUUGGUUACCCAGAGCGGCCGGGUUACGGUACACGUGGACAGCCUGUGUCACUAUAUGCAAAUUAUUUCGAACUCCAGUCAGUGGGCAAGGAGUUGUUUCGAUACCAUCUUGACAUCUCUGGUGAGCCAAAGGGUAGAAAAGCGCGUCAGAUAGUGAACUUGUUGCUAGAGGAGCAUUUUGCCCAGUCCAAGAGGGGCAUCGUGACUGACUACAAAUCCACAUUGAUCGCCAACCUGAAAGUCUUGCAGAAUAAUAAGGCACAGUAUGACAUUCGCUAUCGAGAUGAAUAUGAUGACGACUACCCAGACCAACCAACGGUCUACCGGGUGAAAGUCCAGUUCACCGGGAGACUCAACCUGUCUGAUCUCCUCUCUUAUCUGACAUCGACCAAUGCCGCUGCUAUGUACGAAUCCAAAGCAGAUAUACUGCAAGCGAUGAAUAUUGUCUUGGGACACCAUCCAAAGACGAAUCCGUCUGUCGCCUCAGUUGGUGCAAACAAGCACUAUGCCAUCAGCGGAGGCCUGGAAGAAAAGUGGGACUUGGGGGCUGGUGUCGAGGCUCUGCGAGGCUUUUUGGUCAGUGUUCGUGCUGCCACUGCACGUCUUCUGAUCAACGUCCAGGUCAAGUACAUUGCCUGCUAUCAGGAAGGCCCAUUAGGGACUUUUAUCAGCGAGUACCAACGUUCGGGACCUCGUGACUUCCACAGCCUCGGGCGCUUCGUUAAGAGACUGAGAGUUAGAGUGACCCAUAUCGAGAGAAAGAAUAAGAAGGGAGAGGUUGUCCCGAGGAUCAAAACGGUCACGAACUUGGCAACAAAGGCUGAUGGUGCAUCGCUGCCUCAUCCUCCGAAAGUAUCUGCGCAUGGAGCAGGCCCGAGAGAUGUUCAGUUCUACCUGGAUGCUCCUGGUCUGCAGUCAUCCCAGCCGGGUGGAGCAGGGACCCCGAAAGGCAAGGAUGGCAAGAAGACUGCGAGGGCUGGCCCGUCCCCGUCUGGAAGGUACAUCAGUGUGGCUGAUUUCUUUCACCAAUACUAUGGCAAGAAUCUGGACCCCAGGAUGCCGGUGGUGAAUGUUGGAACCACCGAAAACCCGAGCUACUUGCCGGUUGAGGUCUGUAUUAUCGAGCCAGGCCAGCCUGCCAAAUCGAAGCUCACACCCAACCAAACCCGGAACAUGCUGAACUUUGCCGUCCGGCCCCCACCCCAGAAUGCCAAUUCGAUCUCCACGAAGGGCAACAGCGUGCUUGGUCUUUCUCCUCCAAACCCUACUCUAGUUGAGUUUGGAAUACAGACAGAUCUCAAGUUGAUCACAGUGUCCGGUAGAGUCCUUGCACCGCCUACCGUCUACUACAAGGAUGACAGAUCAUCACAGAAAUCAGUCAAACCCAUGGGCGGCAGCUGGAACAUGAGAUCUAUCAAGUUCUCCACACCCAGCAGGUUGACCUCUUGGACAUGGAUCCUUUUCGCAACUCCCGGUGGCCGGCAAGCCUUUCAGGACCCCACGUUGUUUAACAACCGUUUGCAGCAAUUCACCGAGAAACUGAACGAGAUUGGAGUCACUGCCAGCCCACCUCAGCCUGGAAUACGAAUUGUCUUGGGCCGUGACACAGACUACGGGGAAGAGGUCGACCGCGCAGUUUCCCAGCUCAUGACCAAGCACAAGCCCCAGCUGAUCUUCACCGUCCUGCCAUUCGCCGACGGUGAGCUGUACAACAGCAUCAAGCAGGCCUGCGAUCUCCGCCACGGCGUACGUAAUGUCAACGUCCUCGCCGACCGGUUCAGCGGAGCCAAUGACCAAUACUUUGCCAACGUGGGUCUAAAAUUCAACUUGAAAUUAGGAGGUUCAAAUCAGGCCCUGAACCCCAGCGAACUGGGUAUCGUUGGCCAGGGUAAAACCAUGCUCGUCGGAAUCGACGUGACUCAUCCAUCUCCUGGUUCCUCGAGCAUGGCCCCCAGCGUCGCCGGCAUGGUUGCCUCUGUAGACGCGACUCUCAGCCAAUGGCCCGCCGAACUCCGAGUCCAAGCACCACGCGAGGAGAUGGUCGAAGACCUAGACACGAUGCUCAAAGCACACCUACAGCGCUGGGCCUGUAGCCACAAAAACGCCCUGCCGGAGAACCUGAUCGUGUACCGCGACGGAGUCGCGGAAGGCCAAUACGAUAAGGUAGUCCAGGAAGAACUGCCUCUGCUACGUAAAGCAUGCAAGGAUACGUACCCAGCCAACGACACCGCACAGGGACUCCCCCAGAUCUCGAUCGUCAUCGUCGGUAAACGGCACCACACUCGGUUCUACCCAACCAAGGAGCAAGACGCAGAUCGAUCCGGAAACCCCAGCAACGGCACCGUAGUGGACCGCGGCGUGACCGAGGCCCGUAACUGGGACUUCUACCUUCAAGCGCACACGGCGCUCAAAGGCACCGCCAGACCCGCGCACUAUUUCACCGUCUGGGAUGAGAUUUUCCUGCGACAGAAGCCCUCACCGCCGUUCCAGAACGCAGCGGACGUCCUCGAGGCCCUCACCCAUCAUAUGUGCUAUCUAUUCGGUCGUGCCACCAAGGCUGUCAGCAUCUGUCCACCCGCCUAUUAUGCAGACCUCGUGUGUACCCGGGCCCGCUGCUAUCUCAGCCAUGUGUUCGAACAGACUCCCACCGGCAGCGUCGUCUCGGGCGGUGGUGUCUCGGGCGGUGGUGCCGGUCGGAGUGUCGAUAAUGCUGACGUUAAGAUCCAUCCCAAUGUACGGGAUACUAUGUUUUACAUCUAG